GCUUCUCAAGCCCCAGCAGCCCUGGUCAGUGACGAGCAGCUGUCAUGAUCUCUACAGCACCUCUCUAUAGUGGGGUGCACAACUGGACCAGCACAGAGCGGAUUCGCAUGUGUGGCCUCAACGAGGAGAGGAGAGCCCCCCUUUCUGAUGAGGAGUCUAAAACGAGCAGCUCCCAGCACUUGAGGACUCAGGAGUUUUGUGUCAGCAGCACCCUUUCCGAGGUGGAGCUCACGGCAGUCAGUGGUGGUGGCAGCAGUGCCCAGGGCCUGGACACUGAUGGCAAGGUGGAGGAAAAGCUUGGGCCCAGACUGGAAGAGCAGCCGCCUGAUCCCAACCCAAACCCAGAGGGAGUGGAAAAGACUGUAAAAGAUGAUGCCCUGGGCCCUCUGGCAAACCAGGGGAAUGGCAGAGGGCAGGAGCCUGCAAUCCCCAGGGGUGCAGAGCAGGAGAGUGGUGCUGAUGCUGCCUGGACACCUGCAGAUCCUCACAGCGACAAGCAGGCUGAUGCUGCUCCAGCCUGCUCCGUGGCACCAGAGAGCGAGCCUUCUGGGAAGGAGAAAACCAUCCCAAGCAACGGAGCACAAGAGCCAGGUGUGUUGGCAGAAGGGACGUUUCCUGUGGUUGUCUCCAGCUGCAACACCUCUGCCUCCACUCCUACAACUUUUACUUUGAACAGAGUGUGCUUUCCCGCAUCUCAGGCCCCUGCUAUGCAAAAGCUGCCCCUGUCCUUUCAGGCUGGGGCAGUUCUGAGCCCAAGCCAGUCACUGGUGUACAUCCCACCACCGAGCUGUGGGCAGCCGCUUAGCGUGGCCACACUUCCAGCCACCCUGGGGGUCUCCUCCACGCUCACCCUCCCUGUCCUGCCUUCCUACCUACAUGAUCGCUGCCUGCCGGGCAUUAUUGCUUCCCCAGAGCUGCGCUCCUACCCCUACACGUUCUCCGUCACCAGACCCUUGGCUUCAGAUGCAAAAGUGGUGUCUGUGGAGGUGAAUCAGCUGAGCUGCCCAUUGCCCUCAGGAGGAAGUGGUGCCCAGCCUGCUUCUGAGGGUGCUCCCCCAUCCACCACUGGCCCUUCGGCCUUGUCCAGCCAGCCCCCACCAGCAGCCCCGUGCACGAGUGCGGCUCCAUCUUCCGGCACUGGUGCACACACCAGAGCCCCAGCAGCUCCCGAGCCACCCACACCAGGGGCUGCCACAUCGCUCUCUCCUCUGAAGUCCCCUCCACAGCUGGAGCGUGAGAUGGUCUCAUCUCCAGAGUGCAGUGAGAUGCCUCUUGAUCUCUCCUCCAAGUCCAAUCGUCAGAAGCUGCCUCCACCCAGCCAACGUAAAACACCUCCUAUGCCCAUCCUCACACCUGUGCACACCAGCGGCAAAGCCCUUCUCACCACGGUCCUGUCCAAGUCCCAGCGUGCGACCCAGAGCACGGGCAGCAGUGUCACCUCGUGUCUUGGCACCACCCCUCCGUUAGUCAUCUUCCCCGAGUUCUUGCGCAAUGGUGAGCAGGGCUCCUGGGUGAAGAACACUGCACUCAUCAGUGCCAUUCCAGGCACCUAUGUGGGCGUUGCCAGCCCAGUGCCUGCCUCACUGCUACUCAGCAAGGACCCCGCUGUGAGCUUCAGCAGGGACCCGCGCCACCUUCCCAAGCAGGAGCCUAUUUCUGUCAUCGAUCAGGGAGAACCUCGCAGUGCUGGGGUUCCCUGUGGCAAGAAAGCCAACCAGACCAGCGCAGAAGGACAGCAGGAUCCUGCCAGGAGAGUCCUUCAUGGCAGAGUUACUCCGGGAGCUCCUUUGUGUCAGUCCAAGGACAUUUCCAAUAGGAAUCCUGGCCAGGCAAGUGUGUAUCCACGAUGCCCCAUGAAUGGAAAACCUUCCAAUCCUCAGCUUCUGCCUCUUGGCUUAUCUCCUUAUCACCAAACCCCUCUGCUUUCGAUUGGCAUCUCCACAGCUGGGCAGCUGCCCCCAGGCCAGAAUAGCUCUUGCAAACCAGCAGGUGCAGGUGAGCUCCCAACAUUCCCGAGCGUGCAGCCCACAGAGUCCAGUGCAGCCGCCCAGAGCCUGCCAGAGGGACUGCCCAGACUCCCACCUCAGGAACGGGAAGCUGCAGCCAAGAGCAAGAGCUGCCGGUCCUUGCCCAAGCUCUACGAGCAGCCAGUUAACCCAGUCUUGUUGGAUGCAGGUCCAUCUCCUCAGACCAGUGCUUUGGAUGUGAAAGGGGAGAAGGGGAAUCUGGAGAACCCUCAGAAGAGUCAGCAGAGUGAUCCACCAAGACCUGACUCCAGUAAGGAGGGCAGUGUACAGAACGUAGAGACUGAGGCUCCUCCCCAGGGGAGCUGUAGCCUCAAGCAGUUGGAUGGAAAACCUAAAGCCCAAAUGUUAGCAGCGUAUUUAUCGCAUGAGGUGCCGACAGCAGAGCAGCAGAGCCUGCGAGUGAGUUCAGAGGUGCCUUCUGUGCCUGCAGAGGGUCAGUGCAAGGAGCUGGGCUGCGAAGGCUCCCAGGAGCCCCCUGCUGCAGAGCCCCCCCAGUGUGUGCGUCAGGUGGAUCUGUGCAGGGUCAAGAAGGAGCGAGUGGAGUGUGACCUGUCAUUCACUCCUGUGACUUGCCUGCAAGCUGGGACUGCUCCCCAGGCCUUUGCCGAGGUCAAACUCAAAGGAGCAGGCCAAAUCAAGCAAGAGGGCAGCGUGCGCUGCAAGUCCAAGCGGCAGCAUGAUGGGGACACCAGGCAGGCCCACAAGAGACUAAAGUGCCAAGGCCAGGAGAGCGAGAAGGCCCCUGGGAAGUCGGGGAGCUGGAGCAUGCAUGGUCGGAAGCUCGGUCAGUCACCAGCUCAAGCUUCAGUCUGUGUCCUCCACACACAGUGGCGAAAACACCACGACAAUCCACAUGAACUUGGCAGGCAAGAAGCCCAGCCCUGCCUGGGGUCGGUGAAGGACCACAACAGCUUCAGGGUAAAGCGCAAGCGGCGGAAGCCAGCGAAGACGGAGCUGCCAUCGCCAGUGGUGCAGUGUGGAGACAGCCGUGAGGAAGGUUACCUUGAGAAGAAACCCAAGAACAGCUUUCGGGAUUUCAUUCCAGUGGUGCUGAGCAGCCGGACGCGCAGCCAGUCGGGAAGCAAUGCUGGCUCUUCUGCUGGUGUGACAGGAGAGUGUGAUGUGACUGGUCAGGAGAUUCUGCCUUUGCUGGAGGAGGAUCAGGAAGACGAAGAGGAGGAGGAGGAAGAGGAGGAGGAAGAGGAAGAAGAAGAGGAGACAUCUUUGAAACGUCGCAAACUGCGAAAAUCCCACAGGACAACUGGCUACCACAGCCGCAGGGACAGGGACAGGUCUGUGUCUGGGAGGAGCAGCUGUCACACAAGGAGGACCCGGGACCUGCCAUGGAGAGUGGAAUCCCCCAGGCAGCUGUGGGAGCCCAACGAGGAGGAGGAGGAGGACGAUGACAGCCACGUCAAAAGGAAGAAAAGGAGACGACAGAAAAGUCGGAAGUACCAGACGGGGGAGUAUUUGACGGAGCGAGAGGAGGAGCGGGUGGGCUACCCCCACAGGAGGCGGAAAUACAAAGCAGAGUUUAGGUACCAGAAGCAGAAGGAGUCUGUAAAGGGUAAAGGCACAGAGCUACGGCUGAGGAGCAGGCUUUCCCCAUCGCCCCGAAAAUCUCAAGGAUGCCCAGAUUUUCGGAAUGGCUUCUUCCUGGAGCACUCCGACAGCUCUCCUGCCCAAGAAGAACUGGAGAAACCAUCAGGAAAACGCAAAUGUAAAACUAAACACCUGGCAGGGAUCUGUGAGGAAGGGAAGGGGAAAGGCUCUUGGAAUCAGCCCAAAACCCACUCUCUGAAGAAGUCCCAGGACUUGUGGACACUUUGCAAGUCUCGUCGGGUCAGCCCAGGGAGUUCCCCCGAACUGCCCCCAGUCCAGAACAUUCCUCCUGGAGCUCGGCGGCUGAUUGUGAACAAAAAUGCAGGGGAGACCCUUCUGCAGCGAGCUGCUCGCCUGGGCUACAAGGACGUGGUGCUGUAUUGCCUGCAGAAGAAGAGCAGCGACGUGAACCAUCGUGACAAUGCUGGCUACACAGCACUGCACGAAGCCUGUGCGCGAGGCUGGAUUGACAUCCUCCACAUCCUGCUCGAGCACGGCGCCAAUGUGAACUGCAGUGCACAGGAUGGCACCAGGCCUGUCCACGAUGCAGUAGCAAAUGACAACCUGGAAACCAUGUGGCUUCUACUCUCCUAUGGUGCUGAUCCCACUCUGGCCACUUACUCUGGGCAGACGGCUGUGAAGCUUGCCACCAGCGAGGUGAUGAAGCGCUUCCUCUGUGAUUACCUUUUGGAUCUCCAGGGGCGCACGGAUGGGGAUCCUCGCACAGCGUGGGACUUCUACAGCAGCUCUGUACUAGAGGGGAAGGAUAGCAUCGGAUGUGAUCUUCUGCUCAACCCUCCGGGAAGUUCAGACCAGGAAGAAGAAGAUCAAGAUGCAGACAACUUCCUCUUUGAGUUCUCAGACAAGCCACUGCUUCCCAGCUAUAACCUCCAAGUGUCGGUCUCUCGGGGGCCCUGCAACUGGUUCCUCUUCUCCGACGUGCUCAAGCGGCUGAAGCUGUCCUCCCGCAUAUUCCAGGCCCGCUUCCCACACUUUGAGAUCGCCACGCUGCCCAAGGCCGAGUUCCAGCGGCAGAUCUCUCUCAGUCAGGUGCUGGUGCAGGAGGAGGUGCAGGAGAGCCCCGAGCUGGUGCAGGGCUCUGCAGAGACAGUGGAGCUGGUGCACUAUGAGCCUGAGCUACUGCAGCUCCUGGGUUCGGUGGUGGAGUACCAGGCCUGGAGCAGCUGACGGAAACAGCUCGCUCCCUGCAUCACGAGGCAAUAAUAAGGACCAACGGGAAGCAGCCCUCUCAGCGCCAGCAGCAGGGACCUGGGUCUUUGGCCAGCCAGUCCUUCUCUCCUCGGGGGUCUCCUCAAACUGGGGAGAUAGGACCCUUGCCUCCAAGGACUUGCCUGGAUCCCUUCGUCACGAGCAGCAGCGGUUGCAACUGUCAGUCCCAUCCAGCUGCAGUGGGCAAUGAAGCCCUCUCCUCUGGGCCACCUGAGCCAGAGCUCUUGGGGCAGCAAUAGCUCUAGCUCCCCCAACACAAGAGGUGGAGGGUGCCCUGCCUGACCCCGUGGAACUGGGCCUCUCUGUUUGACCUCCCCCUCCCAAUGUCUUCCAUAGUAUUUAUUUAAUUAGUAUUUAAUUUGUAAAUGUUUCCUUUGUUUUCUGCUGAGUCUGUAUCACUGUGAUAGUGAGCUCCGAGCUAGGGGUGAGGGCUUCCUCCAGCCCCUGUCUGGCACACUCUGAGGCCAGCACUCCCCUGGACCAGCCAUGCCCUGAGCUGCAGGCCCAGGGAGUCAUGGCCCUCCAGGGAUGGGCUACUUGAUCCUUGGCCGAAAGCCUGGGAACAGACACUGCCCUUUGGAGCCAGCCCCACUGCUCCAUCCUCUCACCAGGCUCCUUCCUCCAUCUCAUUUGUUUUGUGCUGCUGCUCCCGCUCCCUGGCAGCCAUCACACCCACACUCCCUGGCAGCUUCUUGCCAUGGGGGCUCUGGCCACUGCAGAAGCCCCCUCAGUGCCCGCUGCAGUGCCUGCUCAGCCUCGGCCCGCUCCCUGCUCCCCUCCAGUGUCACCAUGAGAAGUUCUCUGGGAGAGAGCAGGCAAGGUGCUGUGGUGCUCCCGGGAGAUGGUACAGUUUUAUUGUACAGGUGCUAACAGGACUGAGGACGAGACAAUCUUGCUUUCUCUGGCUCUCCCCUGCUCUGCAGUGGGAGCAUUGGGUGGGGUUUUUCUGCUGGUUCAUUUUUCCUGUGUUGUGUUUGUUCCCAGCCAGGGCAGGUGUUACCCCUUCUUUCCCCUUGGAAUCCAGCUGCCAGCCUCUCCUCCUGUUGGCCUGGCAGCACCUUGUGUAAGCCAAGGGUUUUUUUGCCUUUGGGUGUGUACUCUGGUUGCUCUUUCUGAUUUCUGUUUUAUUAUAAACAGCAACAGGCUGUGGUGUCAAAAACACUGAUGUACAGAAAAAAAAACCUGCAUCAGGA